GCCUAUACCAGCUUCUUGAGCAACCGGCCAUGGUAGUCUUAGCCAACCCCGCCAUCCAACAGCUCUCCAUUGCCAAGCCCUUCAAAACCGCCGCUUCCCCAUUCUAUGUCCCGUCCAUAGACCUUUCCAAACCGGCAGCCGCCAAACACCUCCUCGUAAACGCCUGCGAGGAGUUCGGGUUCUUCAAGGUGGUCAACCAUGGCGUUCCCGCGGAAUUCAUAACCAGGCUCGAAGCAGAGGCCGUGAAGUUCUUCUCCUCCCCGGCCUCCCAGAAAGAAAAGGCCGGGCCGCCGGACCCGUUCGGGUAUGGGAAUAAGAAGAUCGGAGGAAAUGGGGAUAUUGGGUGCGUAGAAUACAUUCUGCUAUCCACCAGAAACCCGGAAUUUGAUUACAGAAAGUUCUCAUCAAUUAUGGGUUUAACCCCAGAGAAAUUCAAGUAAGUUUUAUACGGAGUAUAGGGGUUUAAUGCACCAAACCCCUCUGUGAUUUGGAAAUUCGGCACAUUAGUCCACUGUGAUUUAAAAAAUGCGUCAAACCCCCUGUGUUUUAAUUAAUCAUACGCCAGAUCUCUUAUGUGAACAAAUUCAAUUGUCAAAUAAAAGAAAAAUGAUUAACAUUUUUCUAUGAUUCAGAGAUUUUGACAUAUUUAUUUGCAUAUUCAAUCAAAAUAUUAGAAAAAGUGAUUUUCAUAUCGUUAAAUUUAUUCAUAAAGGGGGUUCUGUGCAUGAUUAAUUAAAACACAAGGGGGUUUGACGCAUUUUUUAAAUUACAGGGGGCUAAUGCGCCGAAUUUCCAAAUCACAGGGGGGUUUGGUGCAUUAAACCCGGAGUAUAGUAUAUACUCCUUUCUGGAUCCUUGUACGUUUGUCAACUUUGACUUUUUAUGACAUUUUUUGUUUGACCAAAGUACUCCGUAAGACUUAAAUUUUAUGCUCUGUAUGUAAAAGACUAAAUAUGUUUAAUAGAAACAAUUUUAUUUUAUUUUAUACCAUAAAUUAUUUGGCAUAAAGUUACGCAAUAUGUCAAGUUCUAACACAUUUGAGUAUUUGACUAAUAUGGAUAUUUGAAGUUGACGUGUUUUAAGAAAAUAGUCACAUACUCGUUGAAACAUAUCCGAGGCUAAUAAUGAUUGAACUUUUAAAUUCUUCUUCCAUCUCUUAAUUGUUCAAAAUUAAUACACGUAAUACUUUAUCUCACAGAAUUAUACGGAGUAUAUUUUAAUACGUAUUAUUCAAAUUUAAUUUAUUAUAGUUUAUAUAGGUUUAAUUUAUAUGUAUAGAUAAUUACUAUCAAAUGUCUAUGUAGAGACCAUAAAGUUAAAAUGGAGACUUUAAUCGUGAGAUGGAUAAAACAUCUAAAAACGUAUGGUUCACGUGUUCAAUUUCAUGAUUGUAAGGUAUUUACAGUGUAUUUAUGAUUUAUUUUUAAGCUAUAAUGAUUUAACUAUUUAUUUAUUCGACUUUCACCAUAUGAGAUGGAUUGGGUGUAAAAUAUAGGGAGUAGAAUGUUAAAACGUUUUUGUAAUAUUUACCAAUAGGUAAUUAUGUCAUAAUGAACAUUCAAAAUUUUGUAACUAAAAAGAAUUAAAUAUGCUACUCCGUAUUAUUAAUUAGUUUGAUAAUUGCUAAUUACUCCGUACUUUUAUUUCGUGAAGAUAUGUAAUAAUUGCUAAUUAAUAGGAAGUGCAAAACUUUAAGUAGUACGAGGUAAUAAACUAGCCCUUGGCGAGUUAUCGGCCGGGCUUUUUUUUUUUUUUGCACUUUCAUACCCUCAUUUUCCUGCCUCAUUACGGGUAUAUGAUGCGUAGUACACUGAACACUAGUACUACGUAGUACUUCGUAUAUCAUAAUUUGAGGGAUGAUUCUAAAUUGUUUACUAAUUGUCCGUAACUAUUCUCAAAAUUUAUUUGAUACUAUACCAAAGUUUAAAAAGGAAAAGAUUCUAUUGUUGUAGUUAACAGAUGAGAAUAUUAUGAAUUGUUUCUCUUGAAAUGGAAUGAAUAAUACUUUUGACAUAGAUAAUUUAAUUAAGUGAUUUUAACUACAUUUAACUAAAAGAUAUUCCGCAUGGUACAAGUUAUCCUUUUAUUUAGUGUUUAGUAAAUAUCAACACACUAGCACAAUAAGGCCGGGAAAAGAUAUUUUAAAAACCGUGACAGUGAAAUUAAGAAAAUACGUAGUACUUCUUCAUGUGAUAGAAGCGUUUGGAUGUAUUUUUCAAAGUUCUUCUACUUGUUCAAGGAACAACAGAUAUUGGAGUAAAAAUGUAAAAGUGUUUUUGGCUACUUCAAAGUGUAGAAGUGAUUUUGGUGCUCUAAUUUACCCUUAGAAUCAGUUUUUUAGAAGCUGAUGAGGGAGACCAGCUUCUGAAAACUGAUUCUGAUUCUGCUUCUGCUUUAAAAAAGAAGCAGAAUCAGAAUCGGUUCCAAACACCCCAAUAAUCAUGUUUUAUGCUUGAUAUUUGUAUUAAGCUCGAAAUAGUUAUUCGUAUUUAUAUAAAGAGAGAUUUACCUAAAUAGGACUAAAACUAGGUAGAAUUGCAAAAACAGGACUGCUAUGUUUUAUUUAACAAAAAUAGGACUAAAAAGAUAUAAUCUGACAAAACUACCCUUAAUUAAAAAAGUCUACCCUGUUGCGCUACUAUUGCGAUAGAACCGAUGCCGCCGUCCAAUCAGACCAACCACCAUCGGUCGUAAGUGCAGGACCUCUCCCUGCAGCAAAAUCACAAAAUAGAACCCUGGCUUUUAUUUAAUUCUUUAUCAAUCAGAUUUUAAUAAAAUUUUAAUUUUUGAAAGUUUCAAAUGAAGAUAUAUCUGAACUUGAAUUUCUUGUUAUCAAUCUUGAUUAUUUUGAAUCUCAAAAUGCCCUGAUUAAUGAUUAAGAAAAUGUCAUUUUUUUAAUAAGAGAAUGUCAUAAUUAUAGAGUAUUUUUAAAAAAGUCACUUUUAUGUCAUUACAAUAUUUGAAAAUUUCAUAUUGAGAAUGUCAUGUUUCUAUACGAAAUUGUCAUUAUUGUGUCAUUAUGCACAUUAAGCUUCAUUCUUAAAAUAUGUCAUUUGCAUGUGGAAAAAAUGUCAUUUUCAAGCUAUCCUUAAAUGUCAUAUAAAGAAUAAACAUGUCAAUUUUUGAAAAAUGAAAUCUUGUGUAGUGUAAUGUUAAAAUAAUGUUGUCAUUUUGGAAUAGAAAGAUGACAUUUACGGUUGUUAAAACAUGUCAUUUUUUGAGUAAAGAUGACAUUUUCGAAUUAAAAUAUCUAAAAUAAUCUGAAAUUUAAAAGAAGAACAAAACAUAGGGGAAGAAGGAGAAGAAGGGGGAGAAAAAGAAAAGGAAGAAGAAGAAGAGGAGGAGGAAGAAUACCUAAUUCCGCUGGAGAAAUCGUUGAAGAGGUGGCGGCCGGCGGUUGGGAAAGAAAUUACAACUGCGAUGAUGAGGUUAAGCUACGUUAAUGGCAGCUGAUGAGUCGAAAUCGAUGUAAUCGCAGAAGGAGGGCCGGAGGAUGAAUGAGAGGAAGCCCAGAUUUCUGUGCGUCCAUGGAUUCAGAACCAGCGGGGAGUUUUUGAAGAAGCAGAUCGUCGGGAAAUAGGCAGGCCUGGUGGUGGAGAAGCUGAAUCUUCUCUUCGUCGAUGCUCCUCUUCCCUGCGAGCUGCGUCCAUUGCAAUCGCAGGUCUCACGAUCGAUGCAAGCGAUUUGGGGAGAAGGUUACUCAGGGAUUAGGGUAGGGGUAAAAAUGUAAUCUGGAGUCCCAUUUAGGGCGGCGGUGAAUGAUUAUGUGAGAGCGGUGAAGAGAAUGGCGUGUGAGGUUCUGGAACUGAUGGCGGAGGGGCUGAAGAUAUCGGCGAAGGAUGCGCUGAGCCGGCUGGUGAUGGACGAGGCGAGCGACUCGGUGUUCAGGCUGAAUCACUACCCGGGCCGGGCCUGCAGCCCACCUGAGGACUUCGGAGACACGGACAGGGACCGCAUGAUUGGGUUCGGCGAGCACACAGACCCACAGAUCAUUUCUGUUCUCCGAUCCAACAACACUUCGGGCCUCCAAAUCGCUCUCAAAGAUGGCACCUGGCUUUCCGUCCCGCCCGAUCUCACUUCCUUCUUCGUCAACGUUGGCGAUUCUCUCCAGGUGAUGACAAAUGGGAGGUUUAAGAGCGUGAGGCAUAGGGUUUUGGCAAAUAGUGCAAAAUCAAGGCUGUCAAUGAUUUAUUUCGGAGGGCCACCCUUGAGUGAAAAGAUCGCUCCAUUACCAUCACUAAUGGCAGGAGAUGAAGACAGUUUGUACAAGGAGUUUACCUGGUCCGACUACAAAAAAUCUGCCUACAACUCUCGCCUCGCUGAUAAUAGGCUCCUCCGCUUUCAGAAAAUUUCACCUGCAUAGUUUAGCUCCCAAUAAUUAAUUCUACCCUUCUUCUAAUUAUUAUUAUUAGGAAAUUAUAUUUAUUAAUUUCCUAAACUAUUACCUGUUGUUUAAUGUAUUACUCCGUAUUAACUAUGUAGUUGUAAUGUUGAUUCACUAAUGAGGCCCGCAGUAGUUGAUUGAAUUGACAAAAUAUAUACGGAGUAAUAAUUUUCUAACUAAAGGAGAUUCUCUUUACUA